AUGACCGCCGGGAAGAAGCGGCUUGAGGAGUAUCGGAAGAAGCAACAAGCGAAAUCGGGGGGAAGCUCUAAAGGAGGACAGCCAGACAAGGCGAAGAUGCCAUCAACGGCUCCCACGACUCCGCAGGGCUCAUCCAAUCAGAGCGCAGCACGGCAAUCCCAAGGCCAGGCUUCAAGCAGCACAAAUGACCUCCCCCAGCUGGGCCUGAGCGUGCAGAUCCAACCCCGAGGCUCCACCACCGCCCAACAAAAAAAAACCGUACCAAUCCAAUCUCGGGAUUCGCUCCAGAGCCAGCCUAGAGAAUCCACUGGCGAGUCGUCAGCCUCUGCAGCCUCUGCAGCGACAGCAGCGACGGCUAUGACUGCAGAAUCCUCAGAUUCAGCAGGAACCGCUAUGGGGAGGACGAUCAGCAGCAGCAGCGGCGGCGGGGACGGCGAUUUCAUGACGCCCACUGGGGGUAAUACGCCGUCCAGCGCCACCAGCUACGGCUCGGAUUCCUCCUCGGGGGGCUUCGUGCUGCGGCCUUUCGCUGCUGGCCCUCGGGAGUUCCGCACCAUCGCCAAGGGCAUUCUGAAUAAGGUGAACUUGAGUGGCGAGCAGCGGGAGCUGCUAGAGGAGGAGCUGGUGCAGCUGCAGGAGCUGCUAGCUCGGUCGCGAGAUGAAGAGGAGAGGCUUCGAGCCAAGCUGGUGGGCGACGAGCAGCAGUGGCAGCAGCAGCUGCGGGAAUCAGCAGAGGCUCUAGCAGCCAAGGAGGAGGAAGUUAGGGUUCUGCUAGCUCGGGUGGAGGAGGGGGAGAGGGAGAGGGAGAGGCUUCGGGCUGAGGCGGAUGCGGCGAAGCUUGAGGCGGCGAGUGCGGGUGAGAAGCUAGCUGCGACCAAGGAUAAGCUGGGAGUGGCGAUUAGGAAGGGGAAGGAGGUGGUACAGCAGCGGGAGGCGCUGAAGGGGACUCUGGCUGAGGAGACUGCGGUGCUGGAACGGUUAAGGGAGGAGCUGGAGCGAGAGAGGGAGGGGAGGAGGGAAGCGUUGAGGGCUGUGGAGGCGAAGGAAGGGGAAGUGGCGGAGGGUAGACGGAGGGUGGGAGAGCUGGAGGGUGAAUUGGAGGUAGGGAGGAAGAGGGUGGAGGAGUUAGAAGCAGCAGUUGCUGUAGCAGAGGGGAAGGCAGCAGGGAUGGCUGAGGAAGGCGGGGAGAAGGUUAGGGAGAUGGAGGAGAGAGUGAGGGAGGCGGAAGAGAGGGUACGGGUGGCUGAAGAGAGGGCGCGGGUGGCUGAAGAGGAGGUGGGUGAGGUGAGAAGGCAGGUGGCGGAAGGGAGGGAGCGUGCUGUGGAGCUUCUAGGGCAGGUGGCGGAGAGAGAUGCGCUGUUGGCGAGGAAAGGGGAGGAGUUGAGAGAGGUGGAGGGGCGUGAGAGGGAACUGGAGAGAAGGGUUGCGGAGGAUAUGGAGAGGAGGAUUGAGGAGGGGAGGGAGGAGGGGAGGAGGGAAGUGGAGAGGGUGUGGGAGGGUAGGGUAGAGGAGGAGAGGAGUAAGGCGGAAGAUGCACUGAAAGAGAUGGAACGUUUGUCUAAGGAGGUGGAGCAGUUACAGGAGAGGGUUGCAGAGACAGAGGGACAGCUGGCUGCUUUGCAGACAGAACUUGCUGCAGCGAAGGGGGAGGUAGGGGAGAAGGAGGAGGUGGUGUCAGGGUUGGAGGUGAGUCUGAGUGGGGAGAGGGAGAGAGUGAGACAGCUGGAGGAGAUGGUGGAGACGCUGCGAGGGGAGGUUCAGGAGGCGCAGAAGGCAGGUGGUUCGGAAGCAGGCGCGAGGGAAAGGGAGAGGGAAAGGGAGAGUGUGCUGACUCGAGAGCUGGAGUCCUUGCAAGCACAGAAAGAGGCUCUGGUGGGUGCUGUCGAGGAUGAGAGGGCCAUGAGGGAAGAGGCGGAAGAGGCUAAGAGGAGGGUGGAAGGAGAGAAGGGAGAGGUGGAGGAGAAGGCGAGGGAGCUGGAAGCAAGAGUGGAGGAUUUACAGGGGAAGCUAGAUGAGGUAAAUUCACAGGUUAAGGGCUGGGAGGAGCAAGUGGAGGGGCUUAAAGCUGAAGUUGUGGAUUGGGAGGCGAGGUUUGCUGGUCGGGAGCAGGAGUUUGCAGGUUCGGCUGCCGAAGCUGAGGCACGAUUGGAAGAGGUUCGGCAGGAGCUGGAGGGGAUGAGAGGGAGGGAGCGGGAGUGGGAAGGGAGGGUUGGGGAGGUGGAGGAGAGAGUGAGGGAGGGUGAGAGAGCGUUGCAGGAGAGUGAGAGGCUGUUGCAGGAGGAGAGGGAGAAAAGGGAGGGGCUUCAGAGGGAACGUAGGGAGAUGGAAGUGAGAGCAAAUGAGGCUCAAGAACGGUUAAAGGAGGCUGAAGAACGCGUUAAGGAAGCUGAAGUAAGAGUAGAGGAGGCUGAGAGGAGGAGGAAGGAAGAAGAGGCUAGAUCGACUGAACUGUUGCUGCAAGUGGAAGAAGCGAAGAGGAGAGAGAGUGAGGCUGAAGAGGCGUUGCUGCUGCAGAGGCAGGCUGAGAUCGAGGGGCUUUUGGUGGCAAAGGGACGGGAGUUUCUGGAGCUGAAGGGUGAGUGGGAGAAGGAGAGGGAUGCUUGGGCAACUGAGAGGGGUGAAUGGGAGAGAAAGGCGAAGGGAUGGGCGAUGGAGAAAGAGGAGUUGCUUGGGAGGCUGCAGGGGGAGAGGGAGAAGUGGGAGGAGGAGCAGGGGAGGGUGGAGGAGAGUGAGGGGCAGUUACAGGAGCAGGUGGAGGCGGAGAGGAGGAAAGUGGCUGGGUUGAGAGAGGAGAGGGAUCAGCUUCGGAAGAGGGUGGGGGGACUGGAGGAGGAAGUGGGGCAGGUGCAGGAAGAGGUGGAAACAGAGAGGCGGAAGGUGGAGGAGUUGAGAGGGAGUUUGGAGGAGGAGGAGAGGCGGAGUGGGGAGAUGCUGGGUGAGUUGCAGGCUGUGGCGGAGGGGAGGGAGGAGGAGAGGAGGCAAGUGGCGGGACUGACAGAGGAGAAAGAGCAGCUGCAAAAGAGGGUGGAGAGUUUGGAGGAGGAAGUGAGGCAGGUGCAGAGCAAGAUGGUGGAGGUGGAGGAGGAGAAGGGGCAGCUGCAGAGGAGGGUGGAAGGGUUGGAAGAAGAGGUGGAGCAGCUGCAGCAGAAGGUACAGGCUGCAGAGCGAAAGGACGUGGUCACUUUGGCAAAGGUAGCUGCCAGUGAGACAGCCGCAGAGGAAGCAACCAGGCAGCUGCAAUCAGCACAAUCUGCUCUCGAGGCAAAGCAAGCCGAGCUGGCUUCGCUGCGGCAGCAAGCAGAGGAGCUGGAAGAAACCCUAGAGCAGCGCGAGACAGAGCUCGAAUCCCUCAAAACGGACAUAUCAGCACGAGAGAUGAUCUGGCGUGCGUCGCAAGAUGCAGAGGCAAAGGCAGCAGCGGAUGCUAUUGCGGUGGAGGCAGCUGCUGCACGGGAGAUGGCGGAGAGAGAGAGGGAUCAGGUGAAGGAGGAAGCAGAGGCGGAAGCGGCGGCGUUGAGGAAGGUUCUGGGAAUGCGGGAGUCGCAGCUGGAGAAGCUGCAGGCUCGGGUGGCUGAGGCUGAGGAGGUGGUUCGGGAGCUGGAGGAGGUUCGGGUGGAGCUCGAGAAAGCUAAGGGGGAGGUGGUUAAGGUUAGGGAGGAGAUGGGGGGAGAGAUGGAGCGAGUGAGGGAGAGUAGUGUGAGAGCAGAGGAGGAGGUGGAGAAGCUUAGGGCUGCUUUGGAGGGGUAUAGAGAGGAGGUAGAGGAGAGAGAGAAGAAGGUGAGUGAGUGUGAGCGGAUGCUAGAAGAGAGUGAGAAAGAGAGGAGGGCGGGUCUGGAGAAAAUGGAUUUGCUGCUUGGAGAGUUGAUGGAGAAGAGUGAGGAGAAUGAUAGGGCGAGAGAGGAGAGCAAUAGGUUGAAAGAGGAGGCUGGCCGGUUGAGAGAGGAGGCUAGAAGAUUGGAGGAAGAGGUUAAAGGGCGUGACGAGGAGAUCCGUAGGCUGAAAGAGGAGGAGGUUUCAAAGGGAAGGGGGACUGCUGGAGCUGAUGGGGAGAGGGAGCGACUGGAGGAGGAGGUAGGGCGGCUUACGAGGGAAGUGGAGCAGAAGGGAGCGCUGCUGAAGGCCGCUGAUGAUGCAAGGGCAGCAGCAGAGGCGAAGAACACGAGUCUGGUGAAAAAGGCGAAGGAGAGAAUCGAAGGCAUGAAGCAGAAGGUUGCGGCUGAAGCACAGGCUGCUGCAGACGCGAGAGCUGAGGUUGAUCGACUGAAGAAGCUUCUGGAAGGGGGAGAGGGCGGAGGGCGAGGAGGGGGGAGAGAGGGUGGAGAGGGAGGAGAGGAAGGGGCAGGGGAGAAAGGAGCAGAGGCGAAGGCUUCAGAUGGCGGGGAUGUGGCCGAGGUAGAGGGGCUUCGUGCUAAGGUCUCUCUCCUUGAAGCGGAGCUGUCUCAGUUGAAGCAAGGGGAGGGGAACGGGGCAGGAGCAGGGGGAGAAGGAGCAGCAGGGGCAGCACCAGCGGCAGCACCAGCGGCAGCAUCUGCCACAGCAGCAGAGGCAGCAGCAGAGGGGGAGAGGUUGAGGGAGUCACUGAAGCAGGCACAGGAGCAGGUGGCGGCAGUGAGGGAGAAGCUGAGCAAGGCAGUGCGUAAGGGUAAGGCGAUUGAACAGCAGAAGCUGAAGCUGGAGGCAGACCUCGCUGCUGGCCGGGCUGAGAUAGACGCUCUCAAGGCGAGCACUGGGGUAGGAACAGGGGCAGGAGCAGGGACAGGGGCAGGAACUGGGGUAGGGGCAGCAGCAGCGGCAGCGGCAGGGGCGGCAGCAGGAGCAGCGGUAGAGGCAGGGGCAGCUGUAGUAGCAGGAGAGAAGGUAGACGAGCUGAGAGGAUUGUUGGCGGAGGCAGAAGAUGCGAGGAGGAAGGAGGGAGAGGCGAGGCAGAGAGAGGAGGAGGCGAGGAGGAGAGAGGAGGAGGCGAGAAGGAAGGCUGAGGAGAGGCUUAAAGAGACAGUGGCAAUGAUGGAAGGGGUGACAGAUGCCCUUGCAGGGAGAGAAAAGGAGUGUGAGGAGCUAAGUAACGAACUUGCUGAGCUAAGAAAAUCUCUUAGCAGCGCUCAGGAGGAGGUUGCUAGGCUGAUGGGGGAGGUGGAUAGGUUGGAGGAGGAGGGUGGGAGGGAGAGGGCGGAGGCAGAGGAGAGAUUGGAGAAGGUGAAGAGGGAGAGUGAAGAGAUGGAGGGUUUUAAGAAUGGGAAAAUAGCUGAGGUGGAAGAGAUGUUGGCUAUAGUAGAAACGGAUCUUGCUGUAGCGAGGCGGAGAGUUGAGGAGCUGGAGGGGGAGAAAGGGGAGGUGGAGAGGGGGAGGGAGGAGAGGGAGAGGCGAGUGAGGGAGUUGGAAGAGGAGGUGGAGAGGUUGGGAGAGGAGAGGAGGGGAUUGGGGUUGGAGCUAGAGAGAGUGAGGGAGGAAGUGAGGGAGUGGAGGGGAGUGGCUGAGGAGAGGGGUAGGGAUGUGGAGGGGAUGAGGAGGGAAGUGGAGGAGGCGAGAGAAGAGAGGGAGGAGAGAGGGAAGGUCCUGGUGGGACUUGAAGAGAGAGUGAGGGAGUUGCAGAAGGAGUUGGAGGAGGAGAGGAGGAGGCGGGAGGAAGAAGAGGCGAAGAGAGUGGAAGAGGAGAGGAGGAGGGAGGAGGAGGAGAAAGCGAGGACGAGCGAAGGGGAGGGGGAGAAAGAGGUUGGAGAGGCACAGGCACAGUUGAUGGCGAAAGAGGAGCGGUUGAGAACGGUAGAGGGUCAGUUGAAGGAGAUUCAGUCCCAGCUGACAGUGGUUAAAGAGCGGUUGGCAGUGGUACAGAGUGAGAAGGAAGCAGCAGAGGAGAUAAUACGAGGGCUGGAAACUGAGAGAGGCGUGAGGGAGGAGCGAGUGUGUGGAUUAGAGGAUGAGAAGGCAGGUUUGGCUAGGGAGUUAGAGCAGGAGAGGGAGAGGAGAGAGGAAGUGGAUAGGAAUCUGACGGAGGUACAGAGGCGGCUGGAUGAGGAGAGGGAGGCGAGGAGAGGGGCAGAAGCUGAGCUGGAUAGUGUACGUUCUGAGCUGGCAAGUGCUCGUGAUGAGCUGGCGAGUGUCCGUGCUGAGCUGGCAGCGGCUGUUCGUGAUGAGGGGAGGAAGGCUGAAGGUGUGACAGGAGGCAGUGGGGAGGAUGAGGAUUCAGUUGCUGUGAGGGAGAGAGUGAGGGAGCUGGAGGAGAGAGUGAGGGAGGAGGAGAAGAGAGUGAAGGAGGAGGGGGAGAGAGUGAGGUUGCAGGAGGAGAGAGUGAGGGAGAAAGAGGAGAGAGUGAAGGAGGAGGGGAAGAGAGCAAAGGAUUUGGAAGUGAAGGUGGCAAAAUUGGAGGGCGAACUAGCAGAACUGCAGUUACAGCUAGAAAAGGAAAGGGAGGAGUGGAAUGUCGCAAAAGAGCAGCUUCAGGCAGAUAAGGAACGGGCUUUCAACGAGGCUAAGGAGAAUAUGGAGCAGGUAUCGCAACUGAGGACUGCUCUCUUGGUGCUUGAAACAGAGAGGGAUGCGUGGGUGGUUGAAAGAGAUGCUGUUGUUGCAGCAGAGCGGCAGGUGUUGUUGUUGCAGGAAGAGAAGCGGGGUUUGGAGGAGCAGGGAGCGGUGCUGAGGGGUCGGAUUCAGGAGGUGGAGGCAGAGAGGGAUGGGUUGCAGGCAGCUGUUGAUCGGCUGGAGGGGGAGAAGGGGGGCUUGCAGGAAGCAGUGGGGCGUUUGGAAGGGGAGAGGGAGAGACUAGAGGUGGAUAAGGAGAGACUAGAAGGGGAGAAGGAGAGACUAGAAGGGGAGAAGGAGAGACUAGAAGGGGAGAAGGAGAGACUAGAAGGGGAAAAGGAGCGUCUGAAAGGAGAGAGGGCUGGUUUGCUGGCGGAAGUUUCUCGUUUGGAAGCAGAAAAGGAGGGGGUCGAGAGGGAGGGAGAGCGGUUGCGAGAGGAAUUGGAAGAAGAGAGGAGGAGAGGGGAGAGUGCGAGGGAGGAAGGUGAGGAGAAGGGGAGGAGGGUAGGUGAGCUGGAAAGAGUGGUUGAGGUCUUGAGGAGUGAGAUGGAUGAGAUGAGAAGGGAGAGGGAGGAGGUGGAGGAGGUGGGUAGAAAUGAAGCGGAUAAGGUUGAGAAGGAGAGGAGAGUAGACGAUUUGGAGCGAGCAUUGCAAGAAAAGGAAGGAGAGUUGGAGAGACUGGCAAAGGAGGUGCGGGAGAAAGAGUUGGUGGUUGAGAAGUUGAGAGGGCAGGUUGGGGAGAGGGACGGGGAGAUUGAGAGGCUGAGGAACGAGGUAGGGGAGAAGGGAUCGAUGUUGGAGGAGUUUGGAGGGCAAGUUGAGGAGAAGGAGAGGGAGAUUGAGAGGUUGAGGAGUGAGCUUGGGGAGAGGGAAGGGGAGGUGGAGAGGCUGAGGCGGGAGGUGGGAGAGAAGGAAUCGAUUUUGGAGGAGCUUAGAGGGCAAGUUGAGGAGAUUGAUAAGUUGAGGAGUGAGCUUGGGGAGAGGGAAGGGGAGGUAGAGAGGCUGAGGCGGGAGGUUGGGGAGAAGGAGGCGGCAGUGGCGUCGCUGGCAGCGGCACGGAGCAAGGCAGUGGAGAAGCUGAAGAUGAUGGUCGAUAAGCUCAAGGAGGUGCAAGCGCAGUCAGAGGCAGUGGUGCAGGAGGCAGAGAUGAGACUGGAGGAGAAGGACCGGGAGAUGGAGGAGCGAUUGAGAGAGAAGGAUGCAGAGCUGCAGGGGGCAGAAGCAGCAGCUGCUGCUGCUACUGGUGCUGUUGCUGGUGCUAGCAGUGGUGCUGCUGUGAGUGGUGAGGGGGAAAGCAUGGCGGAUGGUGCAGCAGCCACGUGGCAGGAAGCUGUUGCUUUGGCACCGCAGCAGCAGAAGUCUGAGGCAGGCGCUGCUGCUCCGCCUGAUGUGGCAGAGAAGGAUGCUGAGCUGGCAAGGCUGCGCAAUGAGGUGGCAGCGGCGGGAGAGGCAGUGAGGUUGCUGGAGGGGCAACUGGAGGCAGCAAGGAGAGAGGCAGAUGACUUGAAACGCAAGGCAGUCCCCUCACCUCUGCUCUCUUCCUCCUCCUCGUCACAAUUAGCCUCAGCGUCAGCAUCAGCGUCCACGCUCCUACCAGUCACCACGCAGCGGAAGGCAGCACCUGGGGGAGGUACAUCUGACACGUCAGCAGAGUACCUGCCUCUGCUGGCGCAGCAGCUCGCCAUGUCAUCGUCUGCCUCGCUGGCAGGCCACACGGCACUGCAGAUUGCUGACUCGUACCCCGAUGAUGAAGUACACGGGUUCAAGUCAAUCGUCAGUGCCUUCCGCUUCCUGCCAUCCUUCCUGCACCCAGCUGCCAAGGGCAUCGAUCGCCUGUGUGUGGCGGGAGGGCAGUCACUGAUGGCACGACCCAUGAUGCGGCUGCUGCUCGUGCUCUACUGGAUGGCCAUGCAUGCUGCCAUGCUCGCCAUGCUUGCCGCCCUCACCGUUACCUGA